ACCCAUGUACCACUAGCGUGCAGUGAGUCUCACGUAAUGAGCGAGUGUGACUCGUGUGGAUUCUAUCGAAUGUCACAGUCAACACCGUGGCCUCAUUGUUGCUGGUGGUUUUUUUAGUAAGAAUUCUGUGGAAAUCCAAAAAUGGUAUUCCUGACGUUGUCCAACUGGAUUAGAAGCCGUGGACCGGACAGAUACUGGAAGGUUCAAGAACUUCUCAAGCAUGCACGGCAUUUCAGAGGCAGAAAGAACCGCUGUUACAGUCUGGCCGUGCGGGCUGUCAGGAGGGCUUUUGUCUACGCUACGAAAGGACGCAGGCUGAAGAAACGCAACAUUAGAACGCUGUGGAUCACACGCAUUGCUGCAGCGUCCCGAGAGCACGGCAUGAAGUAUCCCGUCCUCAUGAGCAACCUAAUAAAGAGCAGUGUUCAGCUCAACCGGCGGGUUCUCAGCGACCUGGCCAUCACGGAACCCAGGUCGUUCCUCGCCCUCGCGAAGCUGGCCCGGACCCGGCAGCAGGAAGGCUUCUGUGCAGCGCUGGGUGACGGCAAAGAACCUCCCGGUGUCUUCUCCCGUGUUGUUGUGCAACAGUAGUGGACGCGCUACUGGCCUCAGUAUUGUGGAGCUGUUCAUUAAACGGGCACAUACAGUCGAUUUGGUUUAGUUUUUUUAUUUUUUUUUUUUUUUCCAUUUGUUCUUUACAGUGUAAAGGGGUUAGAAAGCUUUGUUUUGUAAAACUAUCAAUAAUAUCAGUGUAUUAUUGUAAAAUGACAAGACAUGGUGAUUUUCUAACUCUUUGAAGCCGUCACACCGCCACAAUUCCAGUUGGGAACGAUUUCAUGUCAUAAUAGUGUGUCUACAGAUUAUAUUACAAAUAAAUUCAAUUCCUCUGCAUAGGGUUGAUCUGAAAUGUCUGUCCAUUUUUUUCCUUUAUGUAAAUAUUUAUUUCUCAUUGUGUGAUUGUCCUCUGAUUGUUUAGUUACCAUUAAACAUUUUGAUAUACUGUA